CUGCUCCUCCACAUCACAAGUCAAACCAUUUUCCCAGAUCUCUUUCCCUCUCCCAUUCUUCUGACCCUUUGAUGCUCUUUUGUCUCUAAAGCUCCAAGAUUCAUAUUUUCUGUGCCAAGAACCCAGCUAUAGUACUUCUGUCACAUGCUUGAAUUUUUUUGUCAUGAUCAAGAUGCUUUGUUUCAAUUACUGCAUCUAAUUAAUUUGUUGGUGCAAAUUAGUUGAAGGUUUUGUGUCAAGUUGAAUGAGGUUUCAUGAAAUUCACAAGGGUUUUUGUUUUGGUUGUUGGUGGAAUUUAAAAAAGUCACAUAUGUUGGUUUGGUUAUGUGUUUGAUAGCCAAAUGGGGAGACCUCGGCCUAAGAUAAAAGGAUGAUGAAGGAAUUAGAUUAUUGGGUUUUAAGGCUAAUAGAGUUUUUCAUCCUUUGCCUCUUCAUUCUUUCUGGACCUACUUCUGCAGAUGAAGGCAGCUUUGUGAGCAUUGCAUGCUGCGCCGAAUCGGAUUUUACGGAUAGUAGAAACAUUAGCUGGAUAUCAGACUUUAAUCAGUUCCCUAAUAACAGAGGCUGCCACACUUCAGUUAAGGCAGUGGUAAACAAUUCUGGUUACAACAGAACCAGAGUAUUUUACCAAGGCUCAGGUCAGAGAAGAUGUUAUAAGCUAUCAACAACAAAGGGUGAAGACUAUCUGAUAAGGGGCACAUUUCUAUUUGGGCCUCUUUGGGGCUCACACUUUAACUUCUUAGUUUCAGUUGGAGUGACCCCAAUUGGUGUAGUAGAUUCAUCUGAGGACUCAGUAGUGGUUGAAGGAAUUUUGAGAGCCACUGAGGACUUGACCUACUUCUGCUUGGUGAAUGGGAAGGGAGGGGCUCCUUAUAUUUCAGAGCUUGAGUUGAGGCCUCUGCAUGGCUUGAAACAGUAUCUACAAGACUUCCCUUCAAGUGUUCUGAAACUGGUUGCAAGAAUUAAAUUUGCAACUUCAAAAGAGGAGAUCAGGUACCCAAAUGACCCAAGUGACAGAAUUUGGACUUCAAAUUCAAGUGACCUUGGAAGUGGAACCUCUCUUAUAACCACCAAUGUCUUCAUCUCCGGCAACGCCAGUGCGAGCGUGCCUUCACAAGUCCUACAAACAGCUCUGGUGGCUUCAGACCAAUUGGUCAUUAUUCGCAAUGGCCUUUCCACAACAAGCUACCAGUACCCAAAUGACCCAAGUGACAGAAUUUGGACUUCAAAUUCAAGUGACCUUGGAAGUGGAACCUCUCUUAUAACCACCAAUGUCUUCAUCUCCGGCAACGCCAGUGCGAGCGUGCCUUCACAAGUCCUACAAACAGCUCUGGUGGCUUCAGACCAAUUGGUCAUUAUUCGCAAUGGCCUUUCCACAACAAGCUACCAGUACCUUAUGUUCCUCUACCUUUAUGAGGUCAACCAGACAGUUCAAGCUGGGCAAAGGGUGUUUGAUAUUUACCUCAACAAUGAGCUGCAACAAUCGAGAUUUGAUGUCUCCGGUAAUGGCUCCAACUACAAGGAGCUUGCUUUCACUGUCACAGCAAAUGGGUUUCUCAAUUUGACACUGGUUAAGGCUCCUGGGUCUGAAAAUGGACCCCUUUGCAAUGCUUAUGAGAUCUUGCAGGUGCUUCCGUGGGUUCAAGAGACUAACCAAAGUGAUGUGGAAGUGAUUUUGGAGGUGAAGAAUGAGUUGUUGAAGAAUAACCCACAAAAUGAAGUUUGGGAGGGUUGGUCCGGAGACCCAUGUCUUCCAGUUCCCUGGGAUGGUAUAACUUGUGCAGCCAUUGAUGGUUACAUUGUCAUUACCAAACUGGAUCUUUCUUCUGGCAUUCUUAGAGGGUCUGAUCAAAAUAGCAUUCUUAAAGGGCCAGUUCCUUCAAGUAUCACUAAGCUGACUCACCUAAUAGCCCUGAACCUCAGCCACAAUGGCUUUACUGGCGAUAUUCCAGCAUUUCUUCCUUCCUCCUUGUUGAUCUCAGUGGAUCUGAGCAGCAAUGAUCUUUCGGGGUCAAUUCCAGUAUCUCUUAUCUCACUGCCCCAUUUGGAAACACUAUAUUUUGGCUGCAACCCUCAUGUUGCAAAAAAUAUUCCCUCCAGCUUCAAUGGCUCAAAAUUUACCACAGACCAUGGAAGUUGCAGUGUUCUAGAAUCUUCUAAACAACGAAUCAUCAUUGGCGCUGCUGCAUCUGGGUCUGUACUACUAACCAUUAUAGCUGGGAUAAUUUUUUGCACUUGGAGACAAAAAUUUAUGCCUCAAGGAAAAUUUGAUGCGAAAAGACAUCUUCCUAUGGCAAAGAAUUUAAUCUUCUCAUUACCCAGCAUGGAUGAUCUGGUUUUAAAGUCAAUAUCCAUAGAAACAUUUACUCUUGAGUACAUAGAGGCUGCGACCCAAAGGUAUAAAACAUUGAUAGGUGAAGGAGGUUUCGGGUCUGUUUACCGUGGAACUUUAAUUGAUGGUCAGGAAGUGGCAGUGAAGGUUCGAUCAGCAACAUCAACCCAAGGAACUCGGGAAUUCGAGAAUGAGCUAAAUCUUCUUUCAGCUAUUCGCCAUGAGAACCUCGUGCCUCUUCUUGGUUAUUGCUGUGAAAAUGACCAAGAAAUUCUAGUUUAUCCAUUUAUGUCCAAUGGCUCUCUACAAGAUCGCCUCUAUGGGGAAGCAGCAAAAAGAAAAAUUCUGGACUGGCCAACCAGACUGUCAAUUGCUCUUGGUGCUGCUCGAGGUUUGACGCAUCUUCACACUUUUGCUGGGCGUUGCAUUAUACAUAGGGAUGUGAAAUCAAGUAACAUUCUUCUGGAUCAUAGCAUGUCUGCCAAGGUGGCAGACUUUGGUUUUUCAAAAUAUGCUCCCCAAGAAGGUGACAGUUGUGCUUCUCUGGAAGUAAGAGGGACAGCUGGAUACUUGGAUCCAGAGUACUACAUGACCCAUCAUUUAUCAGCUAAAAGUGAUGUAUUUAGCUUUGGCGUUGUUCUGCUUGAAAUUGUAAGCGGCCGGGAACCUCUGAACAUACACAGGCCACGUCCUGAGUGGAGCUUGGUUGAAUGGGCCAAAUCCUAUGUAAGGGAAUCAAAGAUUGAUGAAAUUGUUGAUCCAAACAUAAAAGGAGCGUACCAUGCAGAGGCUAUGUGGAGAGUGGUGGAGGUGGCAGUGUCAUGUAUCGAGCCCUUCGCAGCUUCCCGACCAAACAUGGUUGAAAUUGUACGGGAGCUGGAAGAUGCUUUGAUUAUAGAGAACAACGCAUCAGAAUACAUGAGAUCCAUAGAGAGCUUUGGAUCUAAUCGCUUUUCUGUGGUCAUGGAGAGAAGGAUUCCACCACCCUCUCCUUCAGAACCUUCACCUAUUUUGUCACAAAUGGCUCCUCCGGAGCCAAGGUAGUGAAUGGUUUUAUGAGAUUUUUCAUCACUUCGUGAAUGAUUGUUUUGUUGCUUCGCAUAAGUGAUAAAGGAGAAAAUUAGGAUAAUUUCCAAAUGCUCUUUUUGAAUUUAUGCGCCUUGUGUAAUAUAUUUUUCUUACAGUGAAGGAAUCUACUUAACGCUAGUUCUGAAGAACGGUGUGGGCUUUCUUUUGCAUUGUUUGACCCUUUUAAUAAA